GCCCUCGAGGCCCCGCCCCGUCGAGGCCCCGCCCACCGCCAGACUCCGCCCCUCUCCGCCCGGCAAGAUGGCGGCGCCCUUAGCGCGGCAGCUGGAGGAGCUGCUCAACCCCCGGCCCGAGCUGCGCGACCCCGAGGACGACGCGGAGGAAGCCACAGUUGCUAAAGUGAUUGACAGGUUUGAGGAUGAAAAUGCAGAUGACGUUUUACCUGUUGGUAAUAUACGGAGGAAAGCUUCGGCCUCCCUCUUAGAAGCUGAUAAAAGGUACAGUGGAAAAGCGACAUCUCGCAAAGCCCUGCAAGAAGAACUCUGGGGAGAUGCUCUGUCUGAAGAAGGAUCUGCUGAAGAAGCCUUAGAUGAGUGGUAUAGUGGCAGUGAAGAUUCAGAAGAUGAUGGCAGCUUGGGCAGUAAAACAGAGGAGCAGCCCAGCAGUGCUGUCAGUGACCAGGAGGAUAACCUGGAAGAUGAUGAAGAGAGAGUUUCCUCUGCCAAAGCACCAAAGUUCAGUUUCCAGAAUAUCACGGACUUUGAGAAAUUUGCAGAGGGGAUGGAUGAUGUUGGGAGCAGUGAUGGAGAAGGUGAAGAUGAUGGCAGCAUGGAAGAAGGAAGUGAUGAUGAGAAAUAUGAGGGGGAAAACCAUGACCACAUAAAAGACACCAAAGACAACGAGGAUGAUGGGGGAGUGAUGACAUUCUCUAAAGGACAAGCAAAUGAUGAAGUGGAAAAAGGAAAAGCAGUGAAGAAUCAGCUAGCACUGUGGGAUCAGAUCUUGGAAGGCAGAAUCAAGAUGCAGAAGGCUCUUGUAAUAGUCAACCGGCUUCCUCAGCCAGAUACUUUCCCCAUCUUCAGAAAGGAAGGUGGACAGGAAUUCGACAAUGCUGUGGAGAGCUGUUGUAAAGCCAUAGACACAUUGCUGAGAGUACUAGUGGACAUUCAGGAUGAGCUGCUUUAUCAAUGCCCAGGCACGAGGCACCUGGUAGAUGGGAAACAAUCAAAACCUGAGAGUGAUGAUGAAAUCCCCAGCAGCAGCGAUGAAGAGCGAGCGGGUGAAGCUCAGGAGAAGAGGAAGCGCGCUCCCAAACGAAAGCUGAAGGCGGAGGACUUCCCAGAGUUCAUAGCCAAGAGGUAUGCCGACUUCAGGACGUAUCGGAACAGCAUCUUGCAGAAAUGGCACGAGAAGACAAAGCUGGCAUCUGGCAAAAUGGGCAAGGGUUUCGGUGCCUUUGAGCGUUCAAUCUUGACUCAGAUUGAUCAUAUUUUGAUGGACAAAGAGAGAUUACUACGGCGGACACAGACCAAGCGAUCAGUGUAUAGAGUGCUGGGAAAGAAGGAGCAGGAUUCUCAUCCAGUCCCUGAAUUUUUGCCUGAAAAUUCGGAAGUCCUCCCUCAGGCAGAUUCCAACAGGCACCUGAAGGACAUAGAUGAGGAAAUAUUUGACGAUGACGACUUUUAUCACCAGCUUCUUCGAGAACUGAUAGAGCGUAAAACCAGUUCAAUGGACCCCAAUGAUCAAGUUGCCAUGGGCAGGCAGUGGCUGGCCAUCCAGAAGUUACGAAGCAAAAUAAAAAAGAAAGUGGACAGGAAAGCCAGUAAAGGACGGAAAAUCCGGUAUCAUGUCCAUAGCAAGCUGGUGAGCUUCAUGGCACCUAUUGACCACUGUACGAUGAAUGAUGAUGCCAGGACGGAGCUUUAUCGUUCGCUCUUUGGAAAAAUGACGCGGCCUGAAGACCCGGAGCGCGGUUAGCAUCCACCUGCAGGCUCCACACCACGCUGCUUCCUGAAUUCCUGACCUUGGGUUUGCAGCCUGUUCUGCACAGGCCAGCCAUGGUGCUGGGGGGGGGGGGGGGGGGGACGCGUGUCACUGUGCUCCCAUUUGAACCCCCAGAGAUUUUUAUUUUGGAGAUUGGUGGGAUUUUUAUUUUACUGUAUUAUUCCGAAGCACGCUGCUCUGUUCGUUGGCUGCGGAUCUGGAAUGCGUGACUUUAUGUUCCCUGAGUCAAGAGGAUUUAAAUGUCAUUUACAUAAUUAACGUGGCCUUAAAACAGAGAAAAGGUGCUCUCCCUUGCAGCAGCCCCAGCUCGCAUUCCAGUUUCUGAACCUCACUGCAGCCGUGGACAUUGGCCAACUUGAGAUGGGCACAACACGGGGACACAUCUGGGGCUACUUCUGCAAUUAGAGCACAUCGGUGAAUUUUUCAGUCCUGCAUUGAUCCUGUACGCUUAAUUAUUUCUGCUGAUCCUGACUGUGAGCCCUCCUGUCUUUACUGUCACCGCGACCCACUUCUGAAGGAUGCCAGCACUAAUGCAGAGCUGGCCAGAGGGGAUCGCUCGGGGUUUGUGGGGUUUCUGUAGCCAAAGGCCACAGGCUGGGAAUGAAAUCCCCAUGAGGAGAGUUCAGUUGCCUGCUGUGAUCAAUCUCACACGGAGGUUAUCUUGCGUAAAUAAUACGUGCAUAUAUAUGUAUAAUGAGAUGGCCAUUGCUUGUGACCACAUGAACUGCACUGUCUUUGUUUUGUGUUUUGUGGGAUUUAAUUAAAACGCUCUGUAAAUGGAUUGUCCAGGUUUGAUCGGUGCAGAAAUGGCACCAGCAGCUAUGGCUUCUCUUGGGCCCACCAGCAAAACGUUACUAAACCGGAGGCUGUGGUGUCACUUUGCACGGAGCUGCCCAAGCACCAGCAGAGUGUGCACAGAGCAGCUGGAACUUUGCAGCAGGAUGGUGGUUGGUGCUGGUAAUGAUGGAGGUGUGGGACACAGCUGUGCAGAGCAGGGACAGGGCUGGGGCUGGGGCUGUGCAGCUGGAGCUCGUCCCCUGGGUGCAGGUGGCCCUGGCACUCACCCGCACUCCUUCAGAUUUGGAGUAAGUUCAGAGCUUCACAGCACAUCUAAAUGUGAGGGCUGACUGUAAGUCUGAAGCAUAACUAGAUUACAACUAGUUAUAAGCGGGCAGAUACUGCUGCAGUUAAAUCAGCUGAUGCUUUUGUCCAUUUAAUCUCUGAAUUUCCUUUCCUUACGCAGCAGACUUGACGCGUGGCUCCACGAAGCGCUGCUGGCACCGCUGGUUCCUCAGGGCUGUGCGUGGCUCUGCGGGCAGGACACGGUGCUCAGCCCUGCAGGGGACGGUCAGGUUUGUCGCAGCGCUGGGGUGGGUGCUGGAGUGGGGUUGCUGUCUGCAGGGCCUGGUGGCUCAGCACGGGCACAGGGCAGCAGAGACUUCGUAGCUCCACCGCGUCCCCAGAGCUGUCUGCAGAUCUGAUAUUAAUUAAUCCUUUUUGCACCUCUUCGUUACAGCUUUAAAUCUCCUUUCUAGCUACCUGCUUUCAGUAAAUGGCUUCCUGGCACAUCACACCAUGCACUUGAGCAGUCUGCCAUGGCACAGGAGAGCUUGCACCCAGGUCUGGAAGCAGGAACGUGUGGGUGCUGCUGUGCCUCGUCCCGCCGGCAGCAGCCUGGGAGCAGUCUGUGCAGCACGAUGCUGGGCGAGUUACCAGGUACAGAGGAAUCUCCUUUGGGGGGGGAAGGCCUUAAUCUUAAUUUACUCGAGGUUCUGUGACAUUUGUGUGCUUUUUUUGUUGUUUUUUCUUCUAAAGAAGCGGGGAAGGAAAACUAUAAUAUAUUCUGCAGCUAAGCCACCCGUCCCUCUAUCUCGCUGCUCUCUGGUCAGGCUUUGCCCCUGGCCUGUGCCCACAGGCUGCCUUCUGCUGCCCUUCCCAUCUCUGGGUGCUGCUGCCAUGCUGCUCCCUCAGGUGCUGGCCGGGCCCCCACAGGGGUGUGAGCAAGGCCGUGAAGCCCAGAGCCAUCAGGCUGCUGCAGAGCCUGAGGGCCACAGCCAUGGGCCCCCCAUCCCCUGUGUCCUCUGAGUGCAAAUCUGGAAGCGUCCCCAUGAACUCCAUUGUGCCAGUUCCUGGCAAUGGGCGCAAGCAGCGCUGCUGCAGCCCCCCAGCACCGGCACAACCCACGCUCCAAGCUGAGCAGUUCCCCCUCCGUUAGCAGUACCUGAGCGGCAGCAGAGCCGUGUGGUCGUCUAACAUCAUUAAAAUCUCAUGGUUUAAUAACCGCAAUUCUGAAAGGCAUCAAGGGGAGUAAAUUAGCUGCUUCCAAACUUUGUGUCGGUGGAAUGGCUUCACGCUGCUCGCACUGUCAGAGCGAGCAUUAAGGAUGGUUAGCAGGAAGCACCGUGCCCCUGCCCUGUUGGGGUCUGCGGUGCUGGCAGGUGGGCUGCCCGCUCUGCGCCUGCUGCUCUGACUCCUGUGUCCUUUAACACUGCAGCACCAAGGCUCUGGGUUGGUUUUUUUCCUUACAUUUUGAGAGCUGGAUGUAGUGUUAAAAGGGUAAUGUGGAACACUUUAAAUGUGACAACUUCUCGGUCGUAUUGUUUGAAGAGAUAAGAGUCAAAGCCCUGCUAAGCACGCUUUUGAAUUCACUUAUCAGUGUUUAAGCAGGCUGCUCUGCCUGCAGCCCCCUCCACCUGCACAGCUCCUGGCCUGGCCCUGCCAGCUGCUGCCCUUGCUGGGGAGGUCAGUGCUCAUCGCUGGCCCUGGCGCUGGCUGUGUCCCCGUGCCCUGGUGGAGGUGGACGCCUGGGCCAGGCGCAGGCAGCAGCUGUGGGUGGUGCUGCUUGGGGAGGGCACAGGUACCUGGCGUGAUCGCCGCUAAGUUUUCCUAAUGCUGCCGAUAAUGACCAGUGAGGUUUAUUUUAUUUUCCCGGUGGAAUAUUAAUUCUUUAUUCAUUCAUGAUACGGCUGCUAAUGAGUGCCCGCAUGCCUGGCCCGGGUCCCUCUGCAAAGCAUUGCGCUGCUGCCAGGUGAGCUGGGGGAUGCUGUGUGAGUGGGGGGGAGGCACGGAGGGCUCCUCGUAAUCUUUCCCCCCCCCCCCCAGCCCCACAAUACCAAAGAAUUUCAACUUUCAGACAAACAACUUCAUUUACAAGUGUGUCUCUAAUUAGCUGCAGAAUUAGUAAAGCAGAGUUUUCCCCCCAUAGAUCGGCCAAACCCCUGAGGGAGGCUGUGGAAUAGAGAGAAUCGCAUUUCCAAUUAUUUUGUUGAAUUGCUAAUUUAGUUAUUGUGCCUGGCGUAAUUGUGAUGGGUAUUGGGUGUGCAAUUCAAUUUGUUUUAAAUAUUUGUGGGAAGGCUGAUCAGUAAUGGAGCUGACCUAUUUCAUGGCCCAAAUUGAGAGAAGAGACUAAAACAAAAAACAGCUACAAAGCCGCAGUUUGUCUCAGUUUUUAUUUUGAUGUCUCUCAUCCCUCUUAAGACUGUUGAUGCAACAAAAGGUUUACAUUAAAAGAUGAUGGCACUUUGA